GCGGGGGCGCCGCGUGCGACGCGGCGGGCCGAGAGCCUGCGGUGCGCGCUUACGGGGAGCAGUGGCUGCACUUCCUUCACACACAGAACUGGGCCACGCUCGGGGACGUGCUCGUGGAGCCCUGCGGCCGUGGCCUGCGCGCGCUGGCGGGGCAUCAGGCCGCCGGCCCCGAGGUCUCCGUGCUGCCCCUGGCGCCGGAGGGCUCCGGCCUGAUCGGGGCGGGCGUGUACGCGCUGGCCGGGACCGGCGGGAGCCACUUGUCGAUCUGGGCCAC